GGCUGACCACAUAACUUAAAAGCUGCCGUUAUAUUCAAAUCACCUAUUUGAUUCGCGUGAAUUAUGGCCGAUAGGAACACUUAUAUAAAACAUGCCAAACUCUAUCUUAGUGUCAUGUUUAUUACAUAUGAUUCGUUGCUAUCCGAAACUGCCGAGCUCAGCCGGUGAAACUGUAGACAGCAGAUUUUCAACAAAUAACAUGCAUGUCUUUGCCCGAGACACAUCUGUUCUGACCAGCUUCACCGCUGUAACCAAAACUCAAAACUACACAGAAUAUUCGCUACCUUUUGGUGCCGCUACUCUGCACCCCCCCUUGGACGCCAUGUUACAUUGCAGGGAUGGAGGAUCAAUGUCAGGAUUCGAAGGAUUCAGGGUCUAUCAUGAAAGCCACCAUGACCAGCAGUAGGCUGAAAAGGCGUGCAGGUCAAUAGACAUUGAGAUGGAACAUAUGUGUGCGGCGUAGGCUGCGCUGCUCACAAAUCUGCGUCAGUAUAAACGCCCAGUGCUCGAUCAUCUGAAGUGAGUGAUCAAUACACUGCAUGGGUAGCCACGUGUUGAGUAGUCAGACUCAAGA